AUGGUGAGACGCCAUGGAUGGCAGCUCCCGGCUCACACCUUCCAGGUUGUUGCUAUCACAGUGUUCUUUCUUCUGGUCGUUGCAUUCUAUGCCUUCUUUGCACCCUUUCUCGGUAAACGCAUAUUUGAAUAUGCUUCCAUUGCUGUUUACACUCCUGUGGCACUCACAGUUUUUAUCCUUUAUGUCCGUUGUACACGUAUAAACCCUGCUGAUCCUGGAAUUAUGUUCAAGUUUGAUGAUGAGUUCAUCAAUAUACCAAAAAAUAAUCCUGGGAUGCCAGACAUAGGUUUACCUGACAAUUAUUAUAAUAAUUCAACUGGAUCACAUUCUUCUCCAUCAUCAGCUUGUAGAAGCUCUCUGGAUGGUAAUCCUAAUAAAAAAGCUUCACCUGGAGGAGAUGUGAGGAUAAAUAUCCCAGUGGGCCCACCGAGAAAAAGUAGGUCUCAUUGCUGCAGAUUUGGAGGAUUUAUCUGUGCAUUAUUUGUAAAAGAAGACUGCCGCAAACCAGAAACCACUGAACAUCAAGCUAGUGUGGAAGAUGCUUUGUUCUGUACAUUGUGCAAUGCUGAGGUCCGUAAGUUCAGUAAACAUUGCAGAAGUUGUGAUAAAUGUGUCGAUGGGUUUGACCAUCAUUGUCGGUGGCUGAAUAAUUGUGUUGGGAGGAAAAAUUAUAUAACAUUUAUUUCCCUUAUGGCCACCAGCCUCAUUUGGCUUGCAAUUGAAUGUGGGGUAGGCAUUGCUGUUCUCAUUCUCUGCUUUGUCGAUAAAAAGGGUACAGACAACAGUAUUAAGGAGAAACUAGGAAAUGGUUUUUCUCGUGCUCCAUUUGCAACUGUCGUGGCCAUAUGUACUGCAGUGUCAUUACUGGCUUGUGUGCCUUUGGGUGAACUCUUCUUUUUCCACAUGAUAUUGAUAAAAAAGGGAAUUACAACAUAUGAGUAUGUUGUUGCCAUGAGAGCUAUGAGUGAAGCACCUCCAGAACAAGCAGAUGAGGAAGGACAAAAUGUUCUUUAUUCGCCAACAAAUUCUGCCACAACUGGUUUAAGUGUUGGAAGCUCUCUCGGCAUAGGCCUGCAAUAUAAAGGUGUAUGGUGCACUCCUCCAAGGGUAUUUAUUGACCAGCAGGAUGAAGUCGUUCCACAUUUGGAACCAGGUAUGGUCCCUUCUACUGUUGAUCCCGAUGCAGCCGGUUAUGUUGAAAGAGCAAACAAGUCCAAAAAGGCUGUUAAGAUCAGUGCAUGGAAGCUUGCCAAAUUGGACUCCAGUGAGGCGAUGAGGGCUGCAGCCAAAGCCAGGGCAUCCUCUUCAGUUCUUCGGCCUAUUGAUGCUCGUCGUGUCCCUGAUGUCGAGUUUAGCUCCAGUGGAAAUGCAAGUGUAAGAAGUAGUAUGAGCAUGGAUUUUAGUGCAACUAAAGAAUCACGGAGUGGGCUUAAGCUUUCUCCAAGGAACUCCUACCCACAAAGUCUUGCAAGCAAGGAAGAUUAUGAGACUGGUACACAAACUGCAAGCAGCUUAAGUAGUCCAGUUCACAUCCAUGAACCUGUUGCCCUUGGUUCACUGCCUUUGCAGCGUUCAGUUCCUGAACGGCCUCCACCCAGUCUUCCAAGGGGGCCUUUCCCAACUACCCAACUGACUAACCCAAUGUUCCAAUCUGCCACUUCAAUUGUUAGGGAGACUAAAAGGGCCUCAGUCGUAUGGGAUCAAGAAGCUGGCCGGUAUGUGUCAGUACCUGCAACUGCUAGAAGUGAAACUACAACUGAAGUUCCAGCCAGAACUUCUCGGGUUUCUUUGGUAAAUCCUUCUGCAGAAUCUAGUGCUUAUGGACGAAGACCAACCCUUCCUAGUGCUGGUGUCUCAGUGAUGCCUCGUGUGCCACCACCAGAGAGAUUAAUGUACACAGGGCAGUCAAUAUUUUUUGGUGGGCCCCUUUUAAGUGCUCCUGUUAGAGAUAUGCGGGGCAAUGAGAGUGUUGGAUUGAGACCAGAUGCUGAGAAGGAAUCUCGUGUGCAUCGUGAGGCACGUGUAGAGAGAGGUCAAGCGGCAGACUCAUUCCCUUUGUUUGUUCCUGGAACAUUUCAGAAGAAUCCUUCAUCUAGACCCUAGUGAUUUCUUGCUUAAUAUAUCUUCUGAUUUCACCAUUCUGGAUCUGUUUAAAUGGUGACAGUGAAUCGGUUUGUGUGGGAUUUAUGAUGAGAUGGUGCUUCAAUGGCAUAAUUUUGGAGGCAUUUGAGGCUGACAAUCAAAUUAUGACUGCUCUUCAAGGGAAUGAUGCAAUGUAACAUGUUUUCAAACCUGCAAAUUGAGCUGCUGCUGCAGUUGAGAAGACAACCAUAAAGAUUGAUCAUCUGAUCCAAAGCACCCAGAUCAUCUGGGUUGAUGUUUGCUUCUUUGCUGGUUGCUUUCGCCUGCCUGCGAAAAAACUGACCUCUUGCGGUGGAUAAUCAUCAGACAUAUUUUCUUUGGAACAAGAAUUUUUAUGCUUAUGUAUAUGCCAGCUUGUACAUUCAUUUGAGGGCAGUUUGGUUCAUCAGAUAUAUAUAUUUUUUAUUUUAAUUUUUAUUACAUUUUAAGUUUUAGG